CUGCAGCCAGCAAACUGGAGGUCUCCAUGCCGGCAGUAGUCGAAGUGGAGAGUGGGGGCACGGCCCGGAUCGAGUGCAACUUCUACAUCCCUGGAAAUGGUUCCUACGCCUACAUCAACUGGUUCUACGUGAAUCGACCGCAACAGCCGUGUGAGGCUGUGCCGCAUCAGGACGGCGAGAUCGUGGAGGAGAACCUGGAGUACAAGGGGCGUCUGUCGGUGGGGGAGGACAAAGCCCUCUCCAUCAGCAGGGUGACGGUGCAGGAUGCCAGAACCUUCGUGUGCCAGGUCGAGGCGGGCAGCCACGGCGUGCACGAGAACCGCACUCAGCUCCAGGUCUACAAGGUCCCCGAGGCCCCUGAGAUCAAGGCCAACCAAGGAGGCAUCUCCGUGCAGAGCACUGGUGUCUCGGAGAUUGCCCAGUGCAUAAGCAAGAACGGCUUCCCGCCCCCCAACAUCACAUGGCACAAGAACGGGGAGCAGCUGGAGCCAGAGGAGAAGGUGGUGAAGAUCCCAGCCACGCUGACCCGCGAGUCGAGCGGGCUGUACACGGUGAGCAGCGCCCUCCUGGCCCACGUCACCCGGGAGGACCGUAACUCCGUCUACCACUACCCUGCGCAGCACGUGAAGCUGAAGGUCAUGCCGUCCGCGGCGCUGGUGAAGGAAGGGGAUGACGUGAAGCUGGUCUGCGAGGCUGACGGGAACCCGGCGCCCGUCUUCAGCUUCUAUAAGAGAGAGCUGGAGAACAGCUGGCAGGACCUGACGUCCCUGGCAGACACCAACAGCGGGGUGCUGAACUUGCAUGGUGUGAAUAAGAGCAGCAGCGGCCUGUACAGAUGCCAGACUCUGGACUUGGAUGAUAUGGAACAGCUGGAGAAGGAUGUGGAGCUUUUUGUGAACUACAUCGAUGGGGUCCAUGUGAAGAUGGAGCCAUCCUCACCCCUUCAUGAAGGGGAUACUGUGAAGCUGAGCUGCAAUGCCCACAGCCCUGUGGCCCUGAACUACCAGUGGAGGGAUGAGAAGGGCAAGAAGGUUGCAGAAGGGAACCAGCUCGUUCUGAGCAACCUCACCUUCGAAACUUCCAGCAACUUCAGCUGCAAGGUGAUCGCGCCAAGCGUGCCGGGGUUGGAACAGAGCAAGCAGGUGGCCGUGGCUGUUCAGGGGAAGCCGCGGAUCGUCGCCAUCAGUUCCCCGCUGUAUGUGCGGCAGGACGAGGUGGUGAACCUGACCUGCAAGGCCAUCGCUUUCCCCAGGCCCUCUGUCCAGUGGAAUAUCAACGGGACGGCUCACGAGUAUGUUGAAAACCAGCACGUUGCCAGCAACCUGACGGUGCGUGUGAACCACGACCUGCUGCGGGCAGGAGCCAUGUGCAGGGUCUCCAACGCACUGGGUGUCAGCGAGAAGCACAUCCAGCUGCUGGAUCAACAGACAACGGAGAGCAAAGGGGUGAUCAUUGUGGCGAUCAUCGUCUGCAUCCUGGUGGUGGCUGUGCUGGGGUCUGUCAUCUACUUCCUGCACAAGAAAGGCAAGAUCCCAUGUGGCCGCGCUGGGAAACAGGACAUCACAAAGCCAGAGGCACGUAAAGACAAGAAUGUAGUUGAAGUUAAGUCAGAUAAACUUUCCGAAGAGGCGGGGGAUGAGAUGAGUCUCCUGGGCCAUGUGCUGAGCUCACCAGGGGCCGAGAGCCGCCUGGGCCUUGAGCAACUAUUCACA